UGUUUACUUCUGUCCGGAACGUCACUGCGGUAGGAGGUGUUCUCUUUGUGCGUUUUGUGAAGGCGCUUUUUAAUUGCCAUCCUCCAUCGGAAAAUCUUUGAUAUAAAUUAAGUUUAAUCGUCGGUCGCCGUUUUUGUUUUCCUAGUGCCACGCGGAAAACUUUGUGGGAUUCAUUGAUUAAUCAGCCAGUGCGGUUCGAUACGUGUUAUUGUGCUUCCCUUUCAAUUUGCUGCGUGCUCCGAACAAAAGUGACCCCUUUCGAGAUGAUGCAGCAACCCGUUUCUAUCAAAUCUGAACCAGACUGGAAUGAUUUGCUUCUGCCAGAACCGGAUGCAAGACAGUAUGGCAUGCAUCCGCAGCAGCAAAUGCAUUAUAAUCAACAGCUGCAGCCACCCCAACAACAUCAUCAAGGGCCCCAACAGCACCAGAUGCAGCAGCAACAGUCGAUGAGAAAUGGGAGUCAUCCUGGAAGCAUGCAGCAACCGCCUCCGAAUCAACAGCAACCACCUCAGCAACAGCCGCAACCGCAGCAACAACAGCAGCAGCCACCGCUGUCUAAUGAUCCGGUGGACAAUGAACCACUGGACAUCAUCGAGAAUGUCGAUUCCGACGACAAUGAUUUUGCCGAGGCGGAAUCCCUCACUCUGCAGCAAUACAAGAAAGAUGAGAAACUGUGCGAAUACUACCGCCGAAUGCCGGUACUGUACGACAAGAGUCACCCGCACUACAAGUUUCAGUCCAAGAAGGAGAAGGCCUGGCGGGAGUUGAGCCGACUGUGCGAGAUGAACGUGGACCAGUGCAAGAAGCGGAUGACGUACUUCCGCUGCAGGUUCACCGUCGAGCGGCGGAUCAUGAAGAACGGGGUCAACUGCAGUGAGUGGCCACUGCUCGACAAGCUCAAGUUCCUCAACAAACACAUCAAGAUUCGGAGGCCCAGGGCCCCGAAUGGCGACGUUGAUCCGGACACAGAUGACGAAUCCAACCCUAUGGUUGCGCUCCGCAAGCGUCAGAUGGAGGACGCCAAGGAUGAUCUUCAUGCGUACCUCGACCUGCAGCAGAUGGCUGCAGCCCAGAAUCCUCAGGCGCAGCUGCACUAUCAAGCCCAGCAGGCCAAACUCCAACAGCAAUACCCUCACGCACAGCACCAAGGAUACCACCCGGGACAGGACUUGGGGCUGCACCACCUCCAGUCGCAACAUGGAUCCGGCCAGCAAGGCCACCCCGGAGCGAAUGCCCAUGGGCACCGUGGUGACGGUCACCACCCAGGGCAAUUGGGUCCGAACCCGCUGGCGGCAGUACAAGCCAUGCGCGCCAGUCUGUCGCAGCCAACACCGGCCGAUUCACCCAUACCGGCUUCCAACGUGGAAGUGUCCUACAAUGCACCAAAACGCCAGCGACUGAACUUCGACAUGGAUGAAGCGGGAUCCGUUUCCAAUUACAACCUCAACCGCACCGUCAAGUAUCAGAACAAUCUGGACCAUGCGGUCAACCUGGACGAGCACGGUGCAUUCGGAUUGUAUGUCGGUGAAAUCCUUCGAAAACUUCCAGAACGACUGGGAUCGGUCACGUCGUUAAAGAUCAUGCAGCUCUUGCAUGAAGCACAAAUACAAUCGUUCGAUUUGGCAACAUCUGCCAAUGCCAACAACACCAACAGCAACGGCGCCAGUAACAACGCAAGAAAGGACAGCUCGGCGACCAGCUCAGCCGGGAGCGUCGAGCGAAAGUCGACCGAAAGCAACGAAAGUGCGAACAAAGAUUAAAACCGCGCCAUCUGGAUGCCAUUUGAUUCUUCGUAGCCUGAGAUAAAAUUAUAUUUAUUUUAUGAAGAGUAAUAGCAGCCAAUGAUCUUUUUUAUAGAUUAACGAUCGACCAUUGAAUCAUUGAAUUGAGAAUAAUGAAAAAAAAAAAAACAUUCGUAAAUUAGUUGCAUUUUCACCUAUAGACGAAAUUUGUAGGAAGCUUUCAUUUCUACGAUAGCGAGACCCCAUUGGAAAUUAGAAAGUUGGUAUGACAGUCACUAAAGUUUUACCGAAGCGGUUGAUCCGUCAUCCAAUGACCAUUAUUCCUCAGUUUCUAUAGUUCAAUAGGUUAUUUUAGGGAGUUUUUUUUAGUAUGAAUAAGCAUCGGAGAAUAAUAAACCUAUUUAGUGAAUAUCUUGAAACCAUGAUUUAACAUAUUCGACAGAAACUAUAUACAAAGAAACAUUAUAAAGUAAUCCCAAUAAAUGUGAAUUAUGUUAAUGAAAAGAUGCAUAAAA